AUUAAACGUCACAUGAUUACAAAAACGUUCAUCGCGGUGUAUCGUCACGACUGUCACGAGUGUUACGACGGACGAUCAGCCGAGGAUAUUAACGAACGCUGGUACCUGGGUCACCUCGUUCACGUUCGCGGCUAAUCACCAAGGGUUCGUGUAAACCAACGACGAAGUCGCUUGGUUAAAUUUGACCACUCUGUACGAACGAUCUUGUCGAUCAGGAUGAAGGUCUGCGGGCCCAAAUACGCCUUGUGCGGUUUAGUGUUGUCUGUUUGGGGCAUAUUCCAGUUGCUCUUCAUGGGAGUAUUUUUCUACGUCCGGAGCGUAGCACUGGUGGAGGAUCUCCCGUUGGGAGAGCUGAAGGAAAAUCUCACCUCAACAGAUGAAUUCUACAAAGUGGUAGACCGAGGAUACACGCAGAACGCAUACAACUGCUGGAUUGCCGCAUGCAUUUACGUUCUCACUUUCCUUUUCUCUGGCCAUCAGUUUUAUCUCAAUUCCAGAUCGUCCCUUAGCGUAUAAAUACACGGAUGUUAUAUGCAAUGACGCUACUGUGCAUCUGAUUUGUAAUAAUGUACAUCUAGAAAAUAUCUUGGUUUCAAAUUAUUUUAAAGCAUUAUACAGUUAUUCUACAGUCAAGUUGUUAUCCAAACACAACAUCAUGUAGAUAAAUGUCUGUGUUCCAAGUGUUUUUACAAGUGCAAAAGAUGUAUUUUUUUGCCACAUAUGUGUAUAUUCAUAUUUCCAUAUAUUAAUAUGUAUUUUAUAUAUAUGUAUCGCAAUGAAGCUGAAAAAAGCAGAAUGGAGGCGGGAGAUUGUAUAAUUUUUGCAGAGGUCUUACUAUUGUGCCAGAAUUUGUUUCAUUCAUCGGUAGUAAUAUAUUUCAGUAAGUUCUGCUUAUAUAUUGUUACAUAUGUUGUUAAUAUAAUGAAAUAAAUUAAUCGUAGACUAUUGAUGGCUGUU